AUGACAGUCCAUACAUCUUUUCAAAGAAAGCAGAACCAUAUCUAUAUAUAAACAUUUGACUUUACAUUUUCAGAUAUAGAAAGGAAACUCAUGAAGUAAUGACUGACAAUUUCUAGAAUUUUCUUUUGUGGAUACUAGAAUCAAGAUCUGUGAUGGAUUCUGCAGAAGAUAAUUUCAAGAAGGCUGCUCAUGAUUAUUCAAAUGAGAGUGCUGAUAGUGAUGAUAAUGAUAGCGAGUGUGUGUAUAGUGAGAAAAUAAACUUCACUGCAACUGAGGAAGACAAAGAGAGUGAGAGUACGAGUGACAGUGAUCAGGAGGAUGCAACCGAUCACAAUGAAGAAGCAGCUAUUGUUCAGAUGCUUAAAGAAAAGGAAGACAGAGAAAAAGAAACUGAAGACCCGGAUCAUGGUGAAAUUUAUUGUAUCUUGACCACUGAUGAAGUGCUACAGCAUGAAUCACAAAAUGAAGGCAAGGAUUUCAGAGUUCUCCAGAAUAAAUUGGAUUCCCAAAACCCUGAAAUAAAACAUCAUGAAAUUCUGAUGAAACUGAAGCAAAACAUUUGGCCAUCUUUAUCAAAAUCAUUGUUUGUCAGUCUGUUAAAAGACUUUGUUGAGUCUGAAUUCUUUGUGAUAGACGGGGAUUCCUUACUUCUUGUGUUCUUAAAUGAGGAAGUACAACAUCUAACACUAUUUUACCUAAUUGAAUGCUUUCUGCAUGACUUCACUCAAAAAGGAGCAAAAUACAUUAUUGUUUUCUUCAAGGAUGUAGAACAGAUGUACUUCCAGAAUCCUCAGUUUCUUUUCUUACGUACUGCAUUAAUAGAACAUCUGAAGCACAACACAUGCAUCACCAUUCACACAGAAUUUUCCAAUUGUUUUUCACCACAAUGGGAGAUUUUUCUGAAGAAAUCCUAUCCUUAUUUCAUCAUCAUAUCUGACAUAGGACUGACCUCUCUCCAAACCAACUAUCUGACUAUUUUUAUUGCUCAUUCAUUGUCAAAGAAAAUCAAUGUUGUACAUGCUUUUGGACAAGAAUAUGACACUCUUAGAGUUUAUGGAUAUCAUCUUCAGAAUAUGUGGAAACACAGAAUCUUUUUUCAAAAGUAUGAAAAAGAUCUGCAGUGUGCCUGUGAAGACAUAGUCAGGUACAAAGAACCGUCCUUGUACCUGUAUGGACCUUUCAGGCUCAGCUUGAGAAGCAUACAAAAUGAGGUUUACCAGACCAUCCUUCUGUUGAAAAAGCUGUGGCCUGAAGGAUCUGACAUUCGGCGUGUGAUCUGUGUUCUUACUUGUGCAGUGGGAUUAAAACUGUACAGUGACGUGCUGGAAAGUGCACAUGCUUCCUUGGGAGCAAAACCAGAGCAAUCAGAAAAAGAAAGAAGUAAACCACUAUCUCCGGAAGAAGCCACUGACCUCUGUAGAAUGCAGUGUCUUACAACAGUUUUUCUUCUUCAUAUGCCUCUUUCUCAGAGAGCUCAGAUUAGGAUCAUGCAAUCCCGCUGGACUAAACAAGUUUUACCCUUAAUAAAAAUGCAACAGCUGUGUGCACAUUUUGUUCUGAAACAGCUAAGUGAUACGGAUGAUUGGAAACUGGAUUUAACUUAUCUGCCUGACUUAAAUGAUGAUUCGCUGCUCAGAAAUCUUGCACAUUACUAUGAGAUCGAAUACUCUGAAGGUUUAGAGUUCCAAAAGGAAUUGGGGAAAGAAAUGGAUAAAGAAUACAGGUUUUUAUGGGACACCGUAACCAAACUGACUGUGAAGUAUGAUUUUGGAGAUGCUUUCCCAAUACGAAAUACUUCUCAAGUAUUUAUUGAUCAUCAGCGGACACUGUUUAGAGUCUAUGAUGAAAAAAUUCCUGAUAUAGGACUAAUCCCAUUGAAAUCUGAUCUCGUUGAAGAAUAUGCUGGUGAUGUUUUGAAAGACCUACCUGUUUUAGAAAGUAAUGAUCCUGCAGUUACUUCACUUGCUAAAUACAAAGAAUUUGAUGAGCUUCAUCACUGGCAUUCUGACAGACCACUGACUGACGAAUAUGAACGAGUACGAUGCAGUGCAGAUGCAAAGUCCAAAGAUGCAGAUGAAAGAAGACAAAUUCAAAAGCUUCAGACUUUUCAUCGUUUAUAUGGAGGCACUUUGGAAGGUGGCACUUCAAAGUUUAUUGUAUGCCAAAAGGAUGCUCCAGGAAAUGCUGAUGGUGCUGUGAAAACGUCUAAAAUACGUAAAAGCAAAGCAGAAAUAAUUAUGGAAGAAAACAACAGGCGACUAAAAGCUAAAGAAGAAAAGAAAGAACAGGAGCAAUGGAAAACCUUGCAGAUAUCAAUGGAAAAAGAAAUAAAAGCAAAUCCAACCGUUGGAAUAAAUAAAUUGGAAAAGUUUCUCAAGACAGCUAGAAGUAAAUCUGUGAAAUUCAGCGUAGAAAUGUCAGGAUUGUCGGCCUGUGUAGAAGCAUGGAAAAAACACUGCAGAAAACAAGGAAACAAACCUGAAGAUUUAAGCAGUGCUGUCCAAGUUAUGAGGAGAAUUCAUAUACUCCUUGACAAAUAUCAAGAUCUUUUGGAGAAAUCACAUUUACAGAAGCUGAGUCAGUAUCUACAACUUCUUGGAUUUGAGAAUUUGGCAUGUACUCUGUCUGGCCAGAUGAGAAAAGGAAGAGAUGAUCAGAAUAGAAGCAACUAUGAUGUUGAGGUGGGACCAGCUCGCUUCCAGCUGCAAUACAUGGACUAUUACUUGCUCAGAGAAGAGAGGAAUGAUCCAGAUCCCCGAGUGCAACACUUCAUACCAGACACAUGGCAGCGAGAACUUCUUGAUGCUGUAGAUAAUAACGAGUCUGCAGUGAUUGUUGCUCCCACAUCAUCAGGAAAAACAUAUGCUUCAUAUUAUUGCAUGGAGAAAGUUCUGAAAACGAGUGAUGAAGGAGUAGUUGUGUAUGUUGCUCCCACAAAGGCACUUGUAAACCAAGUGGUGGGAUCUGUAUACAGUCGAUUCACCAAGAAACUUCCAGAUGGACUGGUGGUGUGUGGAGUCUUCACACGAGAUUAUCGCCACGAUGUCACGAAUUCUCAGAUACUAGUGACCGUGCCUCAAUGUUUAGAAAUUUUGAUGCUGUCUCCUCAUCGCCAGAGUUGGACCAAACGAAUACAAUACGUUAUAUUUGAUGAGAUCCAUUGUCUUGGUGGUGAAAUUGGAGCAGAGGUUUGGGAGCAUCUUCUGGUAACAAUUCGGUGUCCAUUUUUGGCUCUCUCUGCUACCAUCAGUAAUCCAGAACACCUGACUGAGUGGUUACAAUCUGUGAAAAGGUAUUGGCAGUAUGCUGAUAAUAAAAUAAAAGAAAGCUCUACUGACCCUGAGAAGAAUUUUGCAGGAAAAUAUAAAGGAAGAUCUACAGUAAAAGAACAAAAAAAAUCAUACCGUGUUAGAUUAGUCCUGUAUGAAGAAAGAUACAAUGAUUUGGAGAAGUAUGUGUGUUCUCUAGCGGGCAGUGAUUUUGACAUUGAACAUUUUCACCCUUGUGCUGCAUUAACAGUCAAUCAUAUUGAGAACUGUGGUAUUCCUUCAGAUCUUUCCCUGUCUCCAAGGGAGAGUGUUCAGCUAUAUGACACAAUGGUAAAAGUCUGGCAGAAGUGGCCAAGGGCACAGGAGAUGGAUCCUGAAGAGUUUGUCUCUUUCAAGAAUAAGGUAGUGAUAAAAAAGAUGGAUGUGAGGAAAUAUGAACAGGAACUGAAGAAAGAGCUAAGCAACUGGAUUGUAGUUGGACAAAGACAGAAGGUGAAUGAGGUACUGGAGAACUUGAAGCCCAAACCUGUGGAUUGCUCAGAAUAUCAAAAGUGGAAGAUGUUUGCACACUUCGUUGACAAAUUGCAUGAAAUGGGUAAAUUGCCUGCCAUAUUUUUUAUGUUUGGCUUAGAUGUAGUGGAAAAGGCAGCCAGGAAUGUCUUCCUGAAUUUGCUGGAAAAACAAGACAAUGAACGUGACCCUAAAAUGGAGAGGGAAAAAGAAGAUAUAAAGAACAAAUUAAGAAAAGUGAAUAAAACAAUAAUGAAAUGUGAGAAUAUUGAUAUCAAAAAGGCGAAACCAAGUAAAAUAGAAAACAUGGUGAUGCUUUUGUCUAUGAAAAAACAGCUAGAGGAAAGACUUAAAAAGCUAACUGCGAUCCCUUCUAUGUGUACUUAUGCUGAUCCUAAAGCAGUGGAUGAAGAUACUUUGAGGAAGAUUUUUUAUCGACUUAGGUUUCAGAGAAAAGGUUAUCUGCAUGAAAUGCUGGCACGGAGGGGCAUUGGGUAUCAUCAUGGAUCUAUGGCCAUGAGGGAAAGACAAACAGUGGAGAUGCUUUUCAGGCUGGGAUAUAUCAAGGUAGUCACAGCUACUUCAACUCUUGCUCUAGGGAUCAACAUGCCAUGUAGGUCUGUGGUCUUUGCUGAUGAUUCUGUCUUUCUAGAUGCACUAAAUUACAGGCAGAUGUCAGGACGUGCUGGAAGACGGGGACAAGAUAUGAUUGGAAAUGUGUUCUUCUAUGAUAUUCCAUUGCCCAAGGUUGAAAGACUUAUCAAAUCCAACGUACCUCAAUUGAAAGGCCAGUUUCCUCUGACUAUUUCCUUAAUACUGAGACUCAUGCUGUUGGCUGCAAAGGCUGAUGACAAAAUGGAUGCCAGAGCAAAGGCAUUGUCAGUGUUGAAGCACUCACUGAUGUCAUUCAAAAAAGAAAGAUAUGCUGGAAUAUUAAAAAUUUAUUUUAUGUUUUCUGUGCAAUUUCUUAUCAAAGAGGGCUACUUGGAUCAAGAAGGUAACCCCAUAGGUUUUGCUGGACUUGUGACACACUUACACUAUCAUGAGCCUUCAAAUUUUGUGUUAGUGAGUUUUCUUGUGAAAGGUUUAUUCCACAAACUGUGCCAGCCAAUUAAGGAAGGCUCAACUGAUUUCUCAGAAGAAGUCCUAGAGAAGCUAGUGCUUGUUCUAGCAAAUCUGUUUGGGAGAAAAUAUCUUCCAGCCUGCUCAAAGGCAUUUAAACACACGUUUUACCAGUCCAAGGUCUUUCUAGAAGAUCUGCCAGAAGACUUUGCAGAUGCUGUAAAUGAGUACAACACCAAAGUUGAGGAAAACUUUGCACAUUUUCUUCUGACAACAGCCAAGCUGGCAGAUAUGGAAGAAGAAUACAGACUUCCACUGUCAAAGACAGAUUUUACAUCUGAAAAAUGGCACGAGUCUGAACUAGCAUCUUACUUGAUGGACAACACCAAACGCGUAUCUGCUGUCUCACCUUUUGCAUGUUUAUCUGGAGUGGUUGAUGAUGAUCUAUUUCACGGGGAGAACAUUAAUAAAGCUGUACUACGCUCCCUUGGAAUUAAUAUCAAAAACUGCCCUCUGCUUUAUUUGAGGAAGUAUGAUAAUAAAGGAAGAAGCUUGCCACUCAACGCAUAUGCACUAGACUUCUAUAGGCAUGGCUCCUUGACUACUGUGGCAACUGAUAACUGGUUAAAUGAAGGAGAUGCGUACUACCUCCUCAAGGAUUUUAUGCUCCUCAUUCAGUCCAUACGAACAUCUCUGAGUGAACUGUGCGAUGAUCCGAAUGAUAAUGUUCUACUGGCAUUUCAAAAACUGGGAGAAGUCUACCAAAGUAAACUUAAUGCAGUCUGAGUCUUUUGGUUACAAUGGAUGAUUAAGAGUGUGUUAACUAUGUGUGUGGGCUGGGGUGCAAUGCACAAAAAACCUCCACAAAAAACCAACCAACAAAAAUCAAAGAACCCAAACCUAGAAACCAGUACUACCAUAAUAUUUUUACCAUGUAUACAUUAUCAACUAUUUUUUAAAUUAGAAAGUGACUGAAUGUUCAGAUGUAUUUCAUAAAGUUUUAGUAAAACUACAGAAAAUUGAACUUACCAUAUUAAUUUUUUAGUAAUUUUAAUGUCAAUUAAAUUAUCGCUUUUAAUAUAUUUCAAAAGUAGGUAAUUGCACAUUGUGGAAGCAGAUUUUCUUUUCAAGCAGUGAUUUAUAUUAAGAUGGUUCUCAAAUAUAUUGAACAAAUGUAAGAAUUCUGGGGAGCUAACCUCACUAGGUACAAGUAGGAAAGCACUGGCACCUUUCAGCUUAUUUCUUUGGCAACGAAAAUGAAAUUAAUUGUUCUAAUUCAUUUUACAAGGUUUUAAUAUGUAGUACCUUCACGAGCCUUUGCAGAAGCUCUUAACUCUGACUGCAGUUGUAGUCUACAAAACCUGAAUUAUAAAGAAGUUUGUAUCAAAAUGAAAUUUAAUAAAAUGCUCAAACAUGCCUCGUUUUUCACCUGUUGUACCCUUAAGAGUAAGAAAGAUCAAAGGCACCAUUAAUAUAGUACUUGACAAAGUUCUUUAGUCAACUUUUGUUGCGAAGUGUUUUUUAUUUCUUUGCCUACUGGCGGUUUUUACAGGGGGGAGAAAACCCAAACUUUUUCAUGUGUUAACAGUUCUUCAGUUUAACCACAUAUUUUUGUCUACCUGUAGUCCAAAUAUAUAGCUGUGCAUGUAUAUACAUAUACUCACUGUUUAGAGGGAUAAUUAGGCUUUGACAGCAUCUCUGAAGGAUAGAAUGGUUUGGGUUGGAAGGGCCCUUUAAUAUCACCUAGUUCCAACCUCCUGCUUAUAGGCACGGACACCUCCCUCUAGAUCAGGUUGUUCAUAGCCCCAUCCAGCCUGGCCUUGAAUACUUCCUGGAUGGGGGCAUCUAAAACCUCUACAACGACCAAGAAACUGAUGGAAGUUAUUCUCUAUCAAUAGUAAGUAAAACAUAUAUGCUAAGAACAAUGCAGAAUCCUUUUUUGAAUUAACUAGCUCUGGUGUUCGUAAGCUUAACGGUGAUGAAGUUUUUGACUUGAAAUCUCUCUAAACAACAUUAAAUUCUCAAGUACAAUGUGUUGUGUGGGGGAUAUUGAGAGGAAGAAACUAUGUAGGCAGACACUGCUGCUGAGCUACUAUUAAUUGACUGAAGUUUUCCUUCAUUUUUUACAAUCUGUGAAAUAAAAUUAGAAUUAGAACAGGUCAUAGAAUUGAAGAGAUAUCUGUCACUAUGUGGGGGAAAAAAAAAAAAAUUCACUCAAAAUUUAUUCUCUACCAUCUGGCACGUCAUGCUCUACGUAGGUAAGUCUUGCACUGCCAGAGUAAAACUGACCUUAUUUAUAUAUUGCCAUGUGCAUGUUUCUUGAUGGAGUAACCUUUACAGCUAGCAUACAAUUCACUGACCAAAUAAUAAAGUCAGAAUAAACCAUAUUUGAGAAGGUAGCAUGAAUUAUGGAUGAUAAAACAGAUUUAUGUAUAUCAAAGAAUACUAAUUUUAUGCCGUAGACUGACUCAUAAAGCGUUAGGCACAGCAGUCUAUUUUUUACUUUCAAUAGCAUGUCAGAAACACCUCACUUCUUUAAUGACUUUCACAUAGAGAAAUAGACUUUUUACAACAGUGAAAGACAAGUCUAAGUCUAGAAGUGAUUAAAAGUGAUAAAGUAACUAAGGAAUCAACUUUUGAAAAUAUUAAAAAAUGGGCUGUCUAUUAAUUUAAUGCCCAUCUGGGCUGUAAUGACCUAUUUUAGAAGGUCAUUACAGAAGUACUGCCCUGUUUCACGUGAAAAAGCUACAUGCUGACCUACAAACUGUCACUUAAGCAGACUACAAUUUGCCAUGCCUAAAAGGUUAGUUUCCAGACUGUACUGAAACUGUGCAGCAACAAUUUCUCUGAUUGAAAACAGUGCAUCGCAGUCUGUUUAUGUGCUUUACCAUUUUACAACUACGUCCUUCCACUAAAAGGGAAAGCAUCUAACUUAAUUUUAAUCAAACUCAUGAAACACUGUAAAUAGAAAUUAACAGAAGAUACAAUGGAAGUAUAUAAUUUUAAGACACUCAACAGGGUUUCUGAAUAUUCCUGUCAUAGAGGAUUUUUUUAUGGUUGAUGUAAAAAAAAAAAACAAAACACAACAACCCCACGUUUUCUGAAAUACAAUGUUCUAGCAACAAGUUUUCUAAGUGAUUAUAUGUCUCUAUUGUUCCUGUUUUCAUUAUAGAGAGAUCCAUUAUAACUGCCAUUAUCAGCAUAUAAUGGCCUUACCUUACAGGAAUUUAACAAUAUCUUUUUAAACACUUCUCUCCUCUGCAUUCUGAAAAAAACAUACAAAUGUUUUGAGAUAAAAGUAGACCAACUCUCAGGAAAAAACAGCAAAAACAGAAAAAAACACUUAAGGGAUGAAUAUAAAGAAUGAUAACACUAACAAUUAAGAAUUUUUGCCAUCUUCCUUACUAUAACACAUACAUCAUAGGAAGAUAAGGAAGUUCUAGAAACUAUUUUUCAGCACAUUUAAUAGAGGAAUUCACUAGCACCAAGAUACUAGGACCAAAAAUGUAGAAAUAAUAAAAUUAGUUUAGAAAACAUUAAUUUAACUCUAAGUAUUUCCCAGUUUCUGUCACAAUAAGUAAAUGGAUAUGCCUCACAGAUUUAAAUUUAAAUGAAGUUAAAACAUGAACUUGGAAACCUCUGGAAGAAAACAAACAAAAAACCCAACACAACAAUUUAGAUGCCACUGAAAAAUUUCAAAAGGAUAUUCAAUGUUUUGCUUCAGAAUUUAUGAUACAAUACUUGCCAGCUGACAUAUCCACAUAAUGUGGGAUUUAUGUCAGAUCUGGCACCAGUUCUUGCUGGAAAGAAAUGACCCAAUUUUUACUCUAUGUAUCAUGUUUCACAAAAUUAAAAAAAAUCAAUGUGUUCUGGAUAAUUAAUACUUACAGUUAGAAGUGCAAUUUCCUUUUUUCCUGAUGUUGCACAAAGUUUGAAGAUUUUGUUUUAAAAGCUAUAUCCUCAUAAUAAUCUCAUCAAAACAGCAAGUUAGUAUACUAGUUUUCAAACUGCUGCCAAAGGGAACUGGAAAUUAAGUUACUUUUUGUAAAUGUAGCAUUUCAGAAGUGUAGCUCAUCUACUUCCAUGACUACCAAGAAAAGUGUUGUAGAAUUUCAAUUUCAAAUGGAUAA